AUGCUUGUUCCUCCACAAUUUAAAAAAAUUAAAUUUUCAUCACCUUCUGAAGAGGAGAUAGCCUUGGUUGAUUCAUCUAGUAAAAGAUAUUAUUCAAUAUCUAAACAAAAUAAUAAUGAAGAAGUAUUAGUAAGCAAUACGAUAGAUGCUGAGUAUACAGAAAUUUCUACUCUUCCAUCCAAUACAUCAUAUAACACAUCAACAGCCUCAAAGGGUUUGACGACAAUGCUGAACAACGACGUGGCACGUGGGGUGAAACGUAAACAAGAUGUUAUAUCUUCUGGAGUAAGAAAAAGUUACCCUGAAGAAAUAAUUUUACAUUAUCAGAAUUUGUCUAAAAAUAAUAAUAUUAACACUAAAUCAUCUACAAAAAAUCAUAUAACCCAAAAAAUAUUACCUAAAACAAAUAAAUCAUCAUCAUCUGAAGGGGAAUAUCAAGUUAUAAAGCAUGAAGUCAUUUGUUCACCAUAUCGUAAUCAUUAUGAAGUUCUUGAAUUUUUAGGUAAGGGUACAUUUGGUCAAGUAGUUAAAGCAUGGAAAAAAGGUACAAAUGAGAUUGUUGCAAUAAAAAUAUUAAAAAAACAUCCAAGUUAUGCUAGACAAGGACAAAUUGAAAUAUCAAUAUUACAUAGGCUUAAUACUGUUAAUGCUGACGAGUAUAAUUUUGUUCAAGCAUUUGAAUGUUUUCAACAUAAAAAUCAUACAUGUUUAGUAUUUGAAAUGCUUGAUCAAAAUUUAUAUGAUUUUUUAAAACAACAAAAGUUUAACCCCACACAACUAUAUAACAUCCGUCCAAUUGUUCAACAAGUCUUAACAGCUUUGGCUAAAUUAAAACAAUUGGGAUUGAUUCAUGCUGAUUUAAAACCAGAAAAUAUAAUGUUAGUAGAUCCUGCUAAUCAACCAUUUCGUGUUAAAGUUAUUGAUUUUGGUUCUGCUUCAUAUAGAACAAAAGCUGUAACUAAUACAUAUUUACAAUCUAGAUAUUAUCGUGCUCCAGAAAUAAUACUAGGUUUAGCUUUUAAAGAAGCAAUUGAUAUGUGGUCAUUAGGAUGUGUUAUGGCUGAAUUAUUUUUAGGAUGGCCAUUAUAUCCUGGUUCAUCUGAGUAUGAUCAAAUACGUUAUAUUGUACAAACACAAGGUUUACCACCUGCUACAAUGCUUCAACAGGCAUCAAAAUCAUAUCGAUUUUUUAAACAUAUACAAGAUAACACAAAUAAUUAUUGGAGGCUUAAAACACCAGAAGAACAUGAGGCUGAUACUGGUAUUAAAUCAAAAGAUACAAGAAAAUAUAUAUUUAAUUGUCUUGAUGAUAUUGCUAUAGCUAAUCAUCCUGAAGGUUAUGAUAAUUCAUUUCUUUUAUGUGAAAAAUCAGAUAGAACUGAAUUUAUUGAUUUACUUAAAAAAAUGCUUGCUAUGGAUCAAGAAAGAAGAAUUACACCAACAGAAGCAUUAGAACAUAACUUUUUAAAAAUGAAUCAUUUUAGUCAUUAUGGUAAUACAAAAUAUUUACAAAUAUCACAAGCACGUAUGGAUAUAUGUAAUAAAACAAAUAAAUCAUCAUCAUCAUCAUCAUCAUCUACCACUAUUGGUAAUACUUCACUUUCAAAUGUUGGUGGUACACAUCAAUUAAUUAAUCAAACUCCAUCAGCAACAACACAAUUAUUAGCUUCUACAUUUGGACAUCAUCCUAAUCUUCAACAACCUGACAAUAUAAAUAUGCAUAAUAAUUUUGCAAAUAUAUUUCAACAGUAUAACAAUGGUAUUUUAGCUAAUACAACAACUCAUCCUAAUUAUAUGUAUCAAACACUAGCAGCAGCGUUCUUUCCAUAUACAUUUCAAAAUACAACUGCUCAACCACCAGCUGCCGCAAUAUUACCAUCAAUAUUACCAAAUAAUAUAUUAGUUGAAGCUCAACUUCAAUAUUUAGCAAAUGCAGCAGGACCUACAGGUUCUGGAAAUAUUCAGCAAAAUGGAGGACAAUUACAAGGAUGGAAUAGUACACCACUUGGUACAGCAUCAAUUAUACCAUGGCAAUCAAUGUUUACUACUAAUUCAACAAAUAAUAUUCAAUCAAAUGGAUCAUCUACGGCAACGUUUUUUAGGCCAGAUCUGUUUGUGCCAAACGCUACAGGCCAUGGGUCGGUACAAACAGUGAAUAAUAAUAGUAAUGUAGCAUCAUCCUUACAACAAAUGAAUAAUAUUUCAUCUAAUAGAGGAAGAUUUGGUGGACAAAUGGGUAAUAACAAUGGAUAUGAUAUUAAUAAUCAUAUAACACAAUACAUACAACAAGCUCAACAAAAUUCAAAUACUCAUAAUAUUGUAAAUGUUCCCGAUCAACGAGGAUCUACAAUACAUAAUGAAAAUAAUUUUGGAAAUUUUAUUCAAACUAAUUUUAUUAAUCCUUCAAAUAAUAUUAAAAAUGAACAUACUGAAAAUAAUAAUACUUUACUAAAUUGGAGUUGCAAUGAAAAUAUUCCAGAACAACUAAUUGAUUAUAAAAACAAGAAUACCUUAUCAUCAAAUGAUUAUAAUGGCAAUGAUGAUUAUUUACGAUCACAACAAAAUGAUGGAAUGGGUAAUCCUUUAUCGCAAACUGUUGUAAAAAGUUAUUGUCAACAACCAUCAGGAAUGUGUCGUGAACAACAACAUCAGGAUGAUUCUUUGUUUAGAGUUGGAUAUAAUUUUUCACAACCUAAUAGUACUAAGACUAAAAAUAAAAAUUGUGCGGUUGUUAGGCCAAUUCAAGAUAUUAAACGCGAUAGUAGUAGUUGUUUAUAUAAUAAUAGUAAUAUUAAUCAUUCUAAUAGACCUAUUCAAGAAGUUGGACCAAUAAUUGGAAGUACAAAUGUAAGUGCUCAAGCAGCAAUGUUAAUGGCAAUGAUUAAUCAUAGACAACAAUUACCAAUAUAA